AGAGACUGUGUUUGGUCGAGGUGUGGGGAUCUCAGGCUGUAUUAUUAGGGCGAGAGUAUCAUUCGGGUGUAGUACAUAUAUAUUUUUGAUAAGAUGUGCAAAAUGAUGUGUAAUUGAGAAGAAAGAUUGUCAAUAACGCGAAGAACACGGUUAGCCUUUGGAUUAGCGGGUCCUUAUCAUUCACCGUGUUCUUCCGACGCAUAGAUAGCAACGAGUCACCAUUUUUUUGGACAACGGGUGUAUGACACAGAAUCUUGUUCGGGCAGAUACAUAAAUAGACAUUCAUCUACAAAAUGACGGACCAGCAGAUGGAUUGUGCUUUGGAUCUCAUGCGGCGUUUGCCGCCCCAGCAGAUAGAGAAAAAUCUAAGUGACCUAAUAGAUUUGGUACCAAGUCUAUGUGAAGAUUUACUUUCAUCAGUAGAUCAACCCCUGAAAAUAGCAAGAGACAAGGAAAUGGGGAAAGAUUAUCUUCUUUGUGACUACAAUAGAGAUGGUGAUUCAUACAGGUCUCCUUGGAGUAACACCUAUGACCCACCUUUAGAAGAUGGAUCAAUGCCAUCAGAAAGACUCAGGAAACUUGAAAUAGAUGCAAAUCAUGCGUUUGACCAGUAUAGAGAGAUGUAUUUUGAAGGUGGUGUAUCUUCUGUUUAUUUAUGGGACCUGGAGCAUGGAUUUGCAGGUGUUAUUCUUAUUAAAAAGGCUGGUGAUGGAUCCAAGAAAAUAAAGGGCUGUUGGGAUUCAAUUCAUGUGGUUGAAGUUCAAGAGAAGACAAGAAAUGCACAUUACAAACUUACAUCCACUGCAAUGCUGUGGCUCCAGACAAAUAAGACUGGUUCAGGAACCAUGAACUUAGGAGGAAGUCUCACAAGACAGGUGGAACAAGAUGCAAAUGUUAGUGAAGCUUCUCCCCACAUCGCCAAUAUUGGUCGAAUGGUGGAGGACAUGGAGAAUAAGAUACGUAAUACUUUAAAUGAAAUUUACUUCAGUAAGACAAAGGACAUUGUUAAUGGUUUACGUAGUAUGCAACCACUGGCAGAACAGAGACAGCAAGCCAUGCUGAAGCAAGAUCUGGCAGCUGCCAUCCAGAGGAGACACGCAAAAACAGAAACAAACUGAGACAUCAAGUGACUGUUGUGCAAACUGCUAUGUGUUGACAGCAUCCGUCACACUGAUGGACAUAUAAGUGUUUCUACAAAUAGCUUCUCCAUGUCCAAAACUGACAUUAUUGAGCUGAGAAUGUCAGAAGGCAACGGGGUGUAAAUCUGAAGCCUGAGUGUGUCUUCCGCUGUCAUAAUCAUUGCAGGCAGUUGACUGUGUAAUGAGUUUCACAGUUGUUCAUGUUAAUUGUUUUAGAAAUAAUGUUGUUGAAUUAAUUAUUUUAAUCUUUAAAGUUGCUGGAGAGGUUUGAUAGCUGCAGAAAGUGGAACCUUUAAUGUACAGAUUUGUUUGCUUAGGAAAAAUACUGUCUCAAAAUGUUAUGUCAGAAAUGUGCAUGGAGAAGUACAGAGUUUAAACACAAGUGCAUCAUUUCAAGCGCCUCUGCAUCACUAAAUAACAUAGUAUGCAAUUUCUUAAAUCUCAGCUGUCAGAUGCUAAAGGUUUCUGCAUUUAUGAUUUGACCAACUUGGAGCUCUCUCAACUUUAUCAUUGAACUUCAUCCUGUGAAACUGUGCUCACCUAAUUCAAGUUAUGAAGCAUUUUCAAAAGGUUUCCUUUAUUCGGAGAAAAUGGAUUACAUGUGGGCGAGCAAUUUACAAUACUGCUGCCAUAGAUUGUGGAUUUACUAUGUUAUAUAAAAGUGUUGGGAAAUGUAAAGUGUGUUAGAACUGUAGAGUGGCCAUGUUAAAAUAAAACUGCUCAAUGUAUUAGAAUUUGUAUUAGCUUGGAGCUUUCUUGGUGCAUCAGCUGACCAUUCUACAGUUCAAAAGAUUGUGGUACAAUUUGUAGAAAAUGAAGAUCAGUUAGUUGUUUAUGAUUGAGGGCAAGAGAAUAUUCCCAUUUUGUUCUUCUGGUGGUAUGACACGGAGUGAAAGUAAUACUUAAAGAGGAAUGUGGCAUAAAUAAAUUUUGUAAAUACUUGGGUCACAGGAUUAUGAUCAGUGAGAUGUAUAAUAAAUCUUUGGUGCUUUUUAUAUUGAAACCAGUGAACUGAAAAGUGUGUGUAUGAAAAACAGUGGUGAUAAUCCUAAGGUUGGACUCCGUUAAGUAUCUCUGGGACAAUACAAAAAGAUACAAUUAAUUAUUUUACAUAAGUUCAUGUAACCAUAUUUUUUAUGUUUUAUAUUGCCACUGUCCAUUGUGAUCUAAGGCAUCUUGCAAGUAUGCAUUUCAGUGUUUCAUAGGAGCUUUAAUUUUUUGUAUAUGUGUUUAAUUUUCAAUCAUAUUGUCAAACAAAGAAAAGAGGAAGCAUUCUGCUGUUAAACUUUUUCUGUGUUAGUUAACAUCUCCAAAUUGUGAUAUUCAAAAUUUCGUAUGCUACAUUUGUUAUAUAAAUUCUGCAACCCACAGAAGAGCUCUAACUCAGAAAUUAAUUUAAUUAAUCAACAUUUCUGAACAGAAAAGAAGCGAGUGCCCAGAAGCUGUACUGUCUGAUCAGUCACGCAAAGGAUAUUGUAAAAAAUUGGCAACAGAGUGACAGAAAAGUUAAUGUUGGGUGUAACCCAAAUUGACAAAAAAAAAAAAAAAAAUUAUUUU